GCGCUCGGAGGAGUCACGGGGGAGCGGCGGCAUGGCCCGGGCGGGCGGCAGCGUGUGCCGCUGCUGCUGGGCGCUCGUCCUCCUGUGGGCGGCGGCGGGCGGCCGCGCAGAACUCCGCUAUGCAACUGUGUACUGGAAUAAAGCUGAAAAAAUACUUCAGGUCAAGAAUAGUCUGGACAGGAGUGGAGAUGCUUAUGGCUUCUACAACAACAGUCUACAGACAACAGGCUGGGGAGUCCUGGAGAUCAGAGCAGGCUAUGGCUCGCAGACCUUAAGCAAUGAAGAUAUUAUGUAUGUUGCUGGCUUCUUGGAAGGCUAUCUCACAGCUCCGCAAAUGUAUGACCAUGCUGCAAAUAUGUACCCACAGCUAAUUAAGACUCCCACCGUUCGAAGAGGAGUUCAGAAUUUUAUGGCGAAGCAAGAUCAAUGGACAAGACAACAAAUCAGAAAUAAUAAGGAUGACCCAUUUUGGAGACAUGCUGGCUAUAUUAUUGCACAGUUGGAUGGUCUGUACAUGGGAGCCCUCGAGUGGGCUAAACUACAUAAACUAACACCACUGAGCAACUUUGAUGUCCAGUUUCUGAAUGCAGUUGGAGACCUGUUGGACCUUAUUCCUGCAUUGUUUGAUUAUUCUGCACGAGGUAGACAAUGCAGUGUGGAUUCAGGAGGCCAUGGGAGAUACCAGUGGGACAUGGGACACUGCUCUGCACUGAUCAAGGUUCUACCUGGAUAUGAGAAUAUAUAUUUUGCCCAUUCCAGCUGGUUUACUUAUGCAGCCACACUGAGAAUAUAUAAGCAUUGGAACUUCAAUAUAGUUGAUCCGUACACCAGCACUGGCCGGGUCUCAUUCAGUAGUUACCCAGGCUUUUUGGUGUCCCUGGAUGACUUUUACAUACUGGGCAGCGGCUUGGUAAUGUUGCAGACUACCAACAGUGUUUAUAAUGAAACCCUCAUUAAGCAAGUGGUGCCUGAAUCCUUGCUAGCUUGGCAGAGGGUCCGCAUUGCCAACAUGAUGGCAAAUGAUGGCAAAACUUGGGCAGAGACCUUCUCCAAGUGCAACUCUGGAACCUACAACAAUCAGUACAUGGUUCUAGACCUGAAGAAGGUCAAGCUGCAGAGGAGCCUCGAUGAUGGUGCAUUGUACAUUGUCGAGCAGAUCCCAACCCUUGUGGAGUAUUCUGAUCAAACAAAUGUUCUCCGGAAAGGUUACUGGCCUUCAUACAAUAUCCCUUUCCAUGAAAAGAUUUACAAUCUCAGUGGGUAUGCAUCGUAUGUUGUCAAGUACGGCAUGGAUUUCUCCUAUGACCUUGCUCCAAGAGCCAAAAUCUUCCGUCGAGACCAGGGAAAGGUGACCAACUUGGAAAGCAUGAAGUACAUCAUGAGAUACAACAACUAUCAGCAUGAUCCUUAUGCUGAACACAAUCCUUGCAACACCAUUUGCUGCCGGGAAGACCUGAAUCCUUCUAUACCAGUGCCUGCAGGCUGCUAUGACACCAAGGUGUCGGAUUUCCGCCUGGCUGCAGCGUUCACGGCCUCGGCCAUCAAUGGCCCCCCGGUUCAGGGAGGUCUCCCGGUCUUCAGCUGGAGACGCUUCAACCGCACGCGGCACCAGGGCCUGCCCGAGUCCUACAACUUCGGUUUUGUUACCAUGAGGCCCAUCCUGUAAAACCAGCGCCAGCAUCCACAAGUGGAUUUUUUUUAAAUGGGAAUUUUAUUUCUUGUGUAAUAAAUCGACCUGGAUGUCCACAUCCCUGUGCCUUAUACCUGCCUUCCCAUAUCCCGCCUGCUAAGCACUUUGUACUGAUAUUGGCUGCUUCUCUGCAGCCCAAAGCAUGUUCCUUUCUUCUGAGCUGUUUGAGUGGCCCUUCCUCUGACUGGGAUUGAUGAGAAGCAGGUGACAGAGCUUUCUGUUGAUCUGAGCCAUCAUCACAGCUGUUCCCAGAGCAGGAGUGAGGAGCAAUGCCACCAGUGAGAGUGAUCUGUUUCUAGCAGCUGGGACAAACCAGGUGGCUGCUUUGGGCUGUGAUGGCCUUACCUCAGUGCUGGCUUGAUCUCUGCCUUUUGUCUGAGUAGUGUGCUGCAAGUUGCUUCCCAUCAAGCGUGCGUUCUCCAUGGCAGAUCAGUCUGUUCUGUACAGGAUGUGACUUUUAGUGGCACUGUCAAGACUUCCUUUGUGUGGCCAGAGCAGCACAGGCUGCAAAAGAGGGUGAAGAGAAGCGGCCUGAUGCUUUAGAAAUGUCUCCACCCCAGGCUGCAGGGACAGAAAUGUGAUGCAGUGGAUCUCUUACAAGGGAUCUCUUUGGGCAUGGAUCAGCCCAUGCAGUUGCUCAGUGCCAUCUUUGUCUGCUCUCUCAGCUGUAGCAGGGGAAUGUGACAGUGAGAUGGCUGUGAGGGCCAGGGCUACUCUUAGCUACCUGUGUUUACACCAAGGAGCUGAGUCACUAGGCAGUUUUGUGCUAGAUGUUCUAUGUGUAAUUAAGUAAAACAAAAUAAACAGCUCUUUCCUCAUGUCCUUGAUGGUCCAAGCUAAAUAGUGCACAGCACUGCCCUGUGUUAUGAAGUUGAAGAAUGAUGAGCAGUGUGAGAUUUUAAUGAAGCCUCUAGCGUUUAGCUUGUGUGAUGGGGAAGGGAGCAAGUUACUGAGUGAGGUUCUAGCUAAAUAUUUGCUGUCAGAGCAAGGGUGAUUUUUUGCCAAGGGAAGAGGGAGACCAGCAGUUACAGCAAAGCUGUUGUUGAUGAUGAAAAAUUCAUGAAAGGACUGAAGUGAUUUGUUUGCUGAGGUAGGUGUGAGAUGCUGUGUGCAGAGACCUCCUCCAUGUGGGGGUGGAGCCACUGCCACAGAUUGGAUUGAAUUGACCUGGAUUGAACAGGCUGCAGCAGGCAUUAAGGAGGACACUUAGGGAAUGGAUCUGGGUCAUGAAGAACACUGCAAGGAGCUGAGCUGCCAGCAAGCAGAGGACCAAGAAUCAGCUGCUUGUUUGAAACUGAAAGCACAGAGGGGCUGGAGGAUGGCUUGAUUUCACUGUCACUCCUAGACAAUGCAGCAACACUGCAGCAGCAUGAAUUUACUGCUUUUUCACACAGUUUUAUAUAAAAAAUACAAAUGGAGAAGUUCUGUUUAAAAGUUGGUCCCCAGGGACCAGGAAACUGCCAAUGGAUUGCUGCAGUGAACAGUGUUCUUGACCCAGGGCACAGCUAGCUAGAUGCUUCCACCUGCAGGGAGUGGAGCUGUGUGACACCUGUGCUGUGCCCAUGACACAACAACAUGCCUGGAAAUGGCAGCUUUGCCUCCUACCCUGAGGUAUGACCUUUGUGCUCCAGCCCAGAGCUGUGGGACAUCAGAGCUAUUCUGAGAGUGCCUUUCUGUAAGUAAAUAUUUACACCAAUGGGACCUUGUGAGUCUGUGUGACUGUGGCUACUUUUUGCCUUUGGUUGUGCUGCUAAAGGCCACUGCCUUCCUCUUGCUGUGCUGUCCUUUGUGCUUCUUUUGAUGCCAGGCCAGCUAGGGCUGAUCUGCCAGUCCUGACCGCAGCAGCUAGGUCCACCUCCUCUUUGCUGUACAGCUGCAUCAGUGGCCAGAGGAGGCUUUGACGGCAUUGCAUAGCCCUGUUGGCAGGUGCAAAAGAACUGACAGACAGCUACAUGAAGUUUAAAGGUCUCUCUGAGUAUCUUAUUUCCUUCUGCAGAUGCCACUUGGAAUAAAAAAAAGUGAAGGUAUGGUCUAAGCAGAGGAUUUGUGGCAGAAGUUGCCACCUUUUUCAUACUCUGCUUUCAGGUUUUUCCAAGUCUUGUGGCUUCUGAUUCUUUGACUUCAGGUUUCCAGGUCUGGCUGAAGAGGGACUUAGUUGGUGGGGAGAUGGAAGUGGGAGGUGGUAGUGAUAAAUCUCUCUUGCCAUAAUGAAAAAAUACUCUUCAGUCAAUGCGUAGAGGAAAUGAUUCCUCUCAGCAGGACCAUCAAAAUUGUCACAUGGAACACAAGUUUUCACAUGCUUUGCCAUUCCCCUUUUCUGAAAUUCAGUAGCAAACCUGCCCCUCCUGGUUCCAGUGGUCAGACCCUGCACAGCCUCAGCUCUAAAGGGGCCACAGUUUGUCAUAGCAGGAGACACUGGGGCAUGGGACCAGUGCCUGUCCAGGCUGCACAGUACUUCAGGGAGAAACCAAGAGCACUGUGUUGGCAGUGUCCUGGUGCUGUGCUGCUGGCUCAGAUUUGCUUCUCAGCUGACUGCUGAAAUUUUUUCAGUUUCCUUACUAGAAGCAUCACUGGUGUGCAGAAAUGGACUUUGCUCUGGGGCUGUAGCACUUUCCAGCCCUACCAUGGAGUGUGUGCCAGAGCUACUCUGCAGCAAACGGUGUGUUCUGCACGUUCACAUUCUCACUUUGCUCUACUUCUAGUUUCUCUUCAACAGGAACUGCAAUUACAGCAAUGCUUGAGCAGAGUAGUUAUGCUGUAUUUGAUGAUAAAACAUAGGUUCUGCACUAUGUGCAGUACAUAUACUUGUAAUUUAAAUAGGCAGUUUGAGAAACUCAGGACUUUUAAGUGGGAUUGUGCUGAGGCAUCACUUCACAAGAGUCCAUCAUCUUCUGGUCAGUGACUUGAAGCAAAUUUUAGUAAGUGCAUGGAAACUAAUUAUUAGCAUCACAAAUUAAUUAUAUGCCCUCGAAGUAGAGGCUUGGCACAUCAGUAACUCCAUGCAGUUUGGCAGCAGAGUUGUGUUCACGAGGCAGAAUUUCCCAGACUGCCUUCUAGUCCAGUUGUUUAUUGGUCCCAAAUGAGUUGCACAACAUCUGGCAUGGUGCUGCUCCUGGCUUCUACGCUGGAGGCAGCUGGGUGGGGGGGCAGAGCCCUUCAUGAUGCCUGCACUGAGACAUGUUUUAGUUAAUUAUUUAUUUAUAAUUUAUUAAUCCUGAUUUCAUAACCCUGAGAGAUGCACUUUGUGCUGUGCACAGCAGCUGCUUCCUGGCCAGGUGAGUGGGCCUUCAUGCUUGAAGGGUGCUCUGAAAAACUCCAGUACUUUGACAAAAGCCUCUUGCUGAAAGACUGACCAUUGCUUUGGUGGUCAAACCUGGCAUCUUGGAGGGCAAGGAGAGCAGCACCAGCAACUGGAUUUCCAUUCCUGAAUUCAUCUGGGGCAACUCUGGGGUGCAGGUCACUUUAUUCUCUCUGUCCAUGCCUUGCAGAAGUGCAUGAACGGCAACAUGGCAGAAGUUACAGCAUUGCUUUGGUUUUUUGCUUCUGUGAGGGCAGCACCAUGCACUGACUUCCUGGGAAUGACCACGAGCCAAAGCCUUGCUGCUCAAUGUUGGUUGAGCAAGGUGGAAACACCUCUGGAGAGGAGGAGCUGGUUUUGGGCUCUUUUUUGAGGGCUGCCUCCUGUGGUGUCAGGAACUAAGCACAAAUGACUCAAACUGUUAAAAACCCAGUAGUUUUAUUUCAAAGUAUAAAUUCCAGGCUUGUCAGACAAAACCCCACUAAUAGUUAACACAGACACACACUAAUCUACAGUACAUACAAAAAUGGGGAAAGCUGGCAACUGCCCAGUUUAAAGUGGACAUUAAAUCAGUCCUACAUUUUUUCUUUUGUAUUUACAAGUCCAGCUGCAAAACAAAACAAGAAAUCAGAUUUGGAAUUUUCCAGCAAAGGAUUUUGCACAUUUGACUUCGGAUAUCCAAUAAAUUACUAAAGCUGAACAGGAAUCCCUGAACAACUACUACUCAGCAAUUUUAUUUACAGCUACACCCCAUUAGUUUAAGACAGCAGUAUAAAUAUAUAUAUGUGUGUGUGUGUGUGUUUAUAUACACACAUGUGUACAUAUAUAUAGGCAUAUGUAUAUAAAAGAAGAAAAGAAUGCUCAGCCUGCAUAAUGACAGUGAGAAAGAAAGAUGCCUUUUUAACUUAAAAGGGAUGAAAAGGAAUAUUCAUUGAUUUGUUUUCUCCUAGCUAUCCUUAUUUAUUUCCUUCUCCUCUCAGAAGGUGUUUGGAAGGGAACAGAUUUGCAUGGCAGGCCUGGCUUAGUGUCGUUUAACCUCUUCUCCCUCCAGUGUUUUCAUACAAUGCCCACCCCUACCCAAAUCAACGAAUUAAAAAAAUAUAUAUUUAAUAUAUCAAGCUUCUAUUUAAAAUAUCUGCAUAGAUAUUUUUCACAAAAGGAGAAUACUCAAAGGGUGUAGAAGGCAGAAUCACAGCUUGAUUUUGUACAGUGUAUACAAUACUCAUCCUGGGGAAUGGCUGUCUUGGGAGCAGGAACAGACGUGACCCAUCCCUUCAUAUAAUAUUGGUUUUAUUUACUGUACAUUUAAGACUAACAGCAUCAAGGAAGAGCUGAAGUGGUUAUUUCUGUUACAGUACAAAAUGAUGUUCAGAUCCUACUAUUGAGCUCAGUCAUGGUCCCAGUGAAGACUGAGGGGUUUUGUCUUUGUUUUCAAUGGAAGCAGGGUAAGACCUCUAAAUUUCACAGGGAGAACACCAUGAGUGUUUCCAGCCUUGUGCUAAAAGCCUUGGGAAUGGGUGUCAGUGCUUGUGCUCAGUGAUCUAACAUGGCCAAGGGCAGCACAAACAAUUCCAAGGAGCAAUGUCAGACCAAUGCAUAGGGGAAGGUGCUCAGAGCAUGGAAAUAAUUACAGGCUGGGAGAUCUGCAUCCUUGUGUUUUCUGAAGCUGUCACUGGAGACAGUACUGAUGCAGUCUGCAGUCUGUCCCCUCCUAGCAUUUAUGUUUUUGUAUCCAAUAGUUUUUUAGCCACACUGCAAUAAAACAGGCCAGUGAAGCUGUAACUAGGAGAAAUGCAGAAAGCCAUUUUGCCAUCAGCACUCCACAGCAGGGCUACUCUCCAAGUAGAGGAACCAACUCAAAUUACUUUCAACUUGGACAUCCAGAUGCCCUUGUGUCACACACAGAGAAAACAAUUCAAACCUAAAGCACACCCAAAAGUAAAUGAGGAUGGAAAACACAACUGUUUUAGCAGUAUUUGCUAAAACCUGGGCAACUCAGUCCAAGGCAGCACUGCUUAAAUGUCAUGUGUCCAGAGGCAACAGCGAAACACAGAAUCACAGAAUUCAGACACAGAGUCAGGAACAACUUUAUACCAAGCUAUUGAAAGAUGGAAAAAUUUGCAAUAAGUGCAGAGAAGAAACCAAACUCAACAAUUCCACUUAAAAACCAUAUAGAAAUUUUUAGCAUAUUUAAAAGUGGAUUAUUGGAAGGCUUCAGUGAUUGAUACUUUUCAUUAAAGAAGAGACCAGUCUAGAAGCACAGUAUUAACAGACCUGUACUGAAUGUUGCCAAAUAUUUUGGUUAUACUUUCAAAUAAAGUCUAUAAAAGAAACAAAUUGUUUCUGAUUGAUUGUUGCUAGCAGAAAGCCUCUCAAUAGUUUUAAGCAUUCUGGGAGGUAAAGGAAAUAAAACCAUCAGCCAUUCGACUACAUGGGAAAAACUGCCAUGAGGUAAGGAAUUAAGCACUACUUGUGUUUGUUAGCAACUCACUGCAGAGAUCUGCUCCACAGUGACAGUGACUGCACAAAACUGGCAUAGUUUUCUCUUUGGGCAUCAGUGAUUUAGGGACCAGCUCUCUUGGAGGUCUCCACACCAACUCAAAGUCAAGGUGUGCUUUAUCACACAUUUCUCCACCAGUACUUGCUCAAGAUACUGAAAUUCGACCUUUAACAGCCCUGCUGGGAUGAAACAACAGGGAAGUGAUCAUUCACUCCAGAGCUGCAAUGUCUUUGGUCAACAAAGUGUCUCACAAAAUCCUGCCAAAAACCCAGAACUGCUGCCAUACAGGCCAGAAAUGGAUCUGGUAAGACAGAAGCCAGUUUUUACAGUCAGUUCAGCAAAGAACUAAAUCUUUAGUAAGUAAGUAUGAAUCUUCUUUCUCUAAUGAUGCAGCCCACAAAACCUCCAAAGGGAAUGACACACCAUCCCUAUUAAUACCUCCACUGGAGGAAAGAAAAUACUUUAAUGCAGGACUUUCACCCCCUGCCUAUCCCAAAGGAGACAAACCUAACGAGGGAUAUCUAAAUGGAAGUCAAACUAUAACAAAGCUCACUUAUAGUUUGGGCUGGAAUCACAACUAAAUAAAUGAAGUUCUAGGUUGUAUCCUCAUGUUUAUUUCAACUUUCAAACUGUAAAACUUCAUACUACUAAUACAGCCAAAGGCUCUUUGGUACCACCUCAAAGACACAUCAUUAACAAAAAAUUGCCCAAGAACUUGACAGCCAUCAACUGGAAAUACCUGUUCUAAUCUGUAUUACAGAACUGUCUUUAUAAGGACCGUAAUUUAGUCUACUUCCACAAACAAUCUAAAUGCAUUAUUAAGUAAUUAUUCCUUAAAAUAAGCAAACAGAACAUUUACUUAAACACAGAAAAAUUCAAGGAGCUUUUGAUAAUAGCACCAGAAAUACAGGGACAACUGCAGAUCAAAGGAAAGGUUACACAUUGUUCAUAUACAGUGUGAACCUUCUCUGAGGAUACUUGGAUUAAGCCAGAAGUUUUGCUUGCCAAAAUCAACUUUUAAAUGCAAGUUUUCAUACAGAGAAUAUCCAUAACUCACCUGAGAGAAGUGACACUCCCAGCUACAUGAAGUAGUGCAGUACAUCAGACCGACGUCUACAUUGCCAUUUCUUUCAUUGUAAAGGUUCUAAACAAAGGAACCACAGCUACAGAACCCAUAAUCUCUUAGAAUAUUUCAACCCUGUUUGAGGAUUUAACUUCUGUGAUACUUUUUCAAUCUUGCCUCACACUUCAGCAUGCUGGUUUUGAGAAACCACUGAAAUGACAAAACGUCAUAGUCUGCAGCUUUGCUAUAUGGUGAAGUGGAUUAAAAAAAAUCUUUCCCC